AUGGCUGCCUCCACAUCUUUCCUGGUUGCGGGUGGGACAGGCCGUCAGGGGGGUGCUGUCGUUAAUGCAUUGUUGGCAGACCGAGUCUCGGGAGUCCUCCCUGAACAUAUUUAUGUCAUCACUCGAAAUUCCACCGGACCCGCAGCCUUGCAACUCACCACACGAGGAGUGAACCUUGUCUCUGGGACGCUCGGGGAGCCAGAACUCAUCUUCCAGCAUCUACGGAAGCAAGGCGCCCAACUCAGCACCAUGGAGGCAUUUUUGGCGCAGGCACAUGGCCCGACCGAACUCAGCGACGCUCGUCUGUUCAUCGAUGUCGCUGUCAAAUCUGGCUUACAGUAUUUCGUCUAUUCCUCCGUCGACAGGGGCGGCAAGGACCUGAGCGAUCGGGAUCCAUCCUACUGCAAGACUUUUUCUGACAAAUUCCAAGUCGAGAAGCAUUUGAUAGCCGCAACAUCGGAGUCACUUGCAAGCGCCGAAGGACGAAAAGGCACUGGUUAUACCAUUUUGAGGCCAACGUGGUUCGCCGACAACGCGUUGUGGGGUUUCCCAGGACGGCUCUGCAUGACUGGCUGGCGCGAAAUCAUGGAGGGAAAACGUAUGCAGGUGGUCGUGGCGAAGGACAUUGGACGAUGGGCGGCUGAGGCAUUGCUGCGACCGGACGGCCCAGGUCUGCGAAACACAGCCGUCAGUAUCGCGAGUGAUGAGUUGACCUUUGAAGAGGUUGACAGAAUCUCCCGAGAAGAGACGGGCCAACCUGUCGGCGUCACAUAUGGGUGGUUGGCCCGAUGGAUAAUUUGGGCCAUCACGGACUUACGUACCAUGUUUGCAUUCAUCAAUGAAAGGGACUACGGUGCUGAUCUGGAAUGGCUGGCCAAGACCGUGGAGCCUACCACAUUUCGUCAGUGGAUCAAAGAGACCGUCAAAGAUCGAGUUCGAGCGGGACCUCCUGUCUCCCUUCUGAAAAGAGCCACUUGCGGCCCGAAACCUGUCAUUGAUUGCGAGCAGUUCUCGGAUACAGGGAGCGAUGGCAGUGAACACCUGUGCUGCCGUGAAUAUUUGAAGGGAUCAUACCCCAGGACGAUCGGUGGCCGGAAGGUCGACCUGUACCGCUACACAGAAGGAUGGAAUCCCAACGAUCAAGAUACAAUUGCCCAUCUAGCCUUGAUUGGUGAUGCCUUGGAGAAGGUCAUACCGUCCUACGAAAGCUUCGGUGUCAAGUUUGACAUGGUUGUGAUAUUCAGCAAGACGUUGCCAAAGGUCGAUGGAAGCGAUGUAUAUGGCUACGAGUCGGAGAAAACGGACCUGACGACGCCUUGCUAUGUUCGAGUUCAGAAUACGGUCCCCGGAAACCCUCCAGAUGUCGGCCUCUCGCUCGAACAGACCAUCGCCCACGAGGCUUACCAUUGCGUCGAAGACGCCAACCGAAAGGCAGAUCUGCCCUCUGCGGACUAUAACGGAUGGUGGCUCGAAGGAGCCGCAGAGUUUUACGCUAUGGAUUUCUUCCCGGACCAUACGGACGAAGCAUGGGCCAGGAAUUACGAUCCCAGUAUUCCGCUCUACAAACAAUCCUAUGCUGUCAGUCUUUUUUGGGUAUUUGUACACGGCUUCGGCUGGGACUACGACAAGAUCAACAGUCUUGUCUUCAACGAACCAGACGCGAAGACUUUCAAGGAUGCUCGAAAAUCGAUGGCUGCCAACGAUGACAUUGUCAAGGCCUUCCCUGAGUUUGCCAAGUCAUUUACCAGUAAUCUCAUCACCUACAGUGACGGAAGUCUAGUCGAUCCCUUGAAGGUGCAGACAACGGUGGAACCAGAACCGUUUCCUCUCCCUGAAGGCGGAUCCAACAACAAAGUUGUCAGAUCUGCGCCUUUUGUCCCGUAUCGCUUCGCCCUGGCCCUUGACCAUGGUCAGUCUUUCGAGAUCACCUGGAAGCCGACGGAUAAACAGACUUCUAUGUUCUAUCGUGAGAGGCCCGACAGUGACUGGAUAGACAUUACCACUGAGCCGGCAGCGAUCGUGCUAACAUGUGACGAUGACACCACUGUUUACCACUUUCUCUUCACUUGCACCGCGGACGUGGCAGAAGCCGCGGGCGUCCUCAGCAUUGUGCAGACCAACAAGCGUGAUUGUUGCACGGGCACCGCAACCGCGUCUUCUUGCCAGACCACACCGACACCGGCUCCGACUCCUGUGCCGAAUCCAAGUCCUGCCGCGGGCGACAUCGACGCUUGCCUGCGAGGCACUUGGAACGUGGAUAUUCCUACACUGCAGAAAGCGAUGCAAAAGGCAUUGGACGCGUCGGGCGAAACCAUUUCGAACCUCAAAGUGACGGGGUCAAGCACAUUUGCCGUCGCCAGCACUGGCGCGACUGGAAAAUUUACUUUCGACAAUUUGGACAUCCAAUACGAUCUUGCCAUUGACACGAUAACUGCGCAUUCGAUCAUCGACAUCGACGGGACCACUACUGGGACCGUCGUCAUGGGAAGCACUGGGGGAAACUUCGUCUUGAAGAAUCCCAAAUCUUCAGGCCAGGUCAAGACAACCACGACAACAUCGUUGACGCCCGAUCCUAUUGAGCUGGAUUUCGAUCUUUUAGACGAGUACGGACCGAACGUUGCUGUCAGCUACACCUGCAGUUCGACUGCGCUGACCAUGACCGGAACGCAAGGUACAGCAGCCAACGGAGUGGCCGCGGGUACAUGGUUGUGGACUUGGAGUUUCACCAAGGCUUAA